CAGUCAGACUUUUGGUCUCAACAGCACUAGUCCGGUUUUCUGUCGUCUAUUGGGUAGUCUUCGGUAAACAGUUUGCCCUGAAAAAUUUUGUUUUGUGUAAAAAUUAAUAAAAUUGUGUGCUUAUAAUAACAAAAAUAAAGAAAAAUAUACAUAGUUUUUUUCUUCAACUAAGACGCCUCGACUAUUCAUAAACAAAACAAAAUUAGUUAGUGCCAAAUUAUAAUUUGUCAUAAUUAAUUCAAUUAGUUUGCUAAUUAGCAUUCAAAUAAAAAUAAACAAUUUAUUUACAUUCGUUGAGUAAUAAAUUGAAAUGCCUAGCAGUGAUUCAAAUAGGAAUAUUUUUACACAACAAUAAAAAAAACACGUCUGUAAAAUUUCUCCAGAUGGGGCACCGUUUCAGUAAAGAAUCCUCAAAUUCCUUAAAGGGUUUACCAACCAAUCUACAGAUCAUAACAACAACUCGAAAUUCGGAAACUAAGAAUUUUACUACUGCAAUCAAUAACAAUACAAGAGUGACUGGAUCACCACGUUUAAGCAAUACGACGAAGACCGUUAAAGAAAGUUUAAUUAUACCCAACGCUGAACUGAGUAACACUCAAAGCGUAAACUCAGAUACAACGCUUCCAAGGCAUUUAAUUAUAAAAAUACAAUACAAAAUGGAAAAAGGUAAUAAGCAAAUACCACAGCUACUUGCGCAGGGAACGCCAGAGCUGUUGGCACGUUCAGAAUUUUUGGAAAAUUCAAUGGAUGCGAAUUCAAAUCCACAAAUUAUUAAUUUGACACUUAAUCAUAAUAUAUGCAAUGAAAAUAAUACAAGUACAAAAGAAGGAAAUAGAACUGCUGGCAGCUCUUUAUUAUACGCACAGAAUUCUCCAAAUGGAACUGUAACAAAAUCAUCAACUAUAACUUCAAGUGGAAAAACAACUGAAUCGUCGCUAGCAGCUUCAGUGCUCAAUAAUCAUAUCAGUGCAUCCUCGCAUGCUUACAAUUCAUUGUCAGCGCAUAUUAAUGUAUUGCAGCUUAAAGAUGACUCAGACGACAACAUGACAGAUUCGGCAGAAUAUUGUGAAGUCCUACAAGAUAGUCGGGCGUGUACACCAAUCAGUCCACAGUCAGCAGCUAAUGCAUCGAUACAGGAAAUAACACAUUGUUGUGAAACUAAUUUGAAUAAUACAACAUGUUGUCGAAAUAAAAUGAAACCAACAACAUCUUCAUAUGUAUCCAAAAUACGCAAUUGUCGCAAUGUUUUCAAAAGCAUGUUACAGCCACAAAUCAAAUCCAAUAAAAAUAAAGAACGCAAAGAGAACAAACAUUCCAAAGAUGUUGUAUUAAAACCAGCUAAUGCACUGAUGCAACAAUAUGAACUGCCACGUCCAAGCGCACACCAUCAAACACAACAACGAAUUCGUCAACAUCAGCCACAUGUGCCAAGUACAAAUUCUGUAAUCUCGUCUAGUAAUUCCACGCCAAUAUCGAUAAGUGCUGUUACAACAGCAGAUGCUAAUGUCAACGCUACAAAUCAAUUAUCAUUAUGGGCGAAGACAAACAAUGAUGUUAUUAUACCUAUUAAUUCACCACAGUUGGUGCUUUUACAAUGCCCACGCACUUCAAUGGUAACACUGAGUCCUAUUAACAAUAAUGCUAUACGCCUGUUGACCACGGAAAUUGUCACUGGUAGUAGCAAUACAAUUAAUAGUGCUGAUACAUCGAUAGUGGAUGUUACAAAAACCCCAACGCCAACUCCUACAAGUUUGGUGAAAAAUGUACACAAUGGUCCAAUUAUACAUUCCCAAGUUGAUUAUGUGCAUUGCUUAGUGCCUGACUUAGAUAAAAUUACGAAUUCAAGUUUCUAUUGGGGCAAAAUGGAUCGUUAUGAAGCUGAACGUUUACUGGAAGGUAAACCAGAGGGAACAUUCCUAUUGCGAGAUUCAGCACAAGAAGAGUUUUUAUUCUCAGUGACAUUUCGCAAAUAUGGACGAUCAUUACAUGCACGCAUCGAGCAAAGUGGACAUAAAUUUAGCUUUGAUUGCCAUGAUCCUUGCGUAUUUACUGCUCCAACUGUUACUGGACUAUUGGAACACUAUAAGGAUCCAACAUGUGUUAUGUUUUUUGAACCAAAUCUCAUCAUUCCAUUGCAUCGCAAAACAACAUUCUCAUUACAACAGUUAAGUCGUGCUGCCAUCGCUUCAAAUACCACCUAUGAUGGUAUAAGUGAACUUGAGCUACCAGCACGUCUUAAGCUGUACUUAAAGGAAUAUCAUUAUAAACAAAAGUUACGUGUUAAGCAAUUCGAUGAGCCAAUGUACUCUUGUACAUAGUGUCCACUCAACGU